AUCCCCAGCCCCUUCUCUAUUGUUCUGUCAAGUAAACACACGUUCAAAAUCAAACUCAAGAAUUUGGGGAAAAUGGGGAAACCUGACCACCACAAACAGAUGCUGCAGAAUCGCACCAAAUCAUGGGGCAAGAAGAAGUUCAAGCCCGCUCCGUUUGUACGCAACAGGGCACCGGCACCCCUUCCCGAUCCCGAGGAGACAGCCCAACCAUGGCAACAUGUGAAGAGCGAUAUUAUAGACGAUGCUGCGGAGGCGGGCUACGCAAACCGACUGGAUGCGGACAGUGAGAAGGCGAAGGAGUUCCGAAGGCAACGGGAGCAGAACCACAGGCGAAGCAUAAUCGAGGCUACGCGCAACGAGACAACCACGUGGGAAUCCUUUGAAGAUGAACCCACUCCGUCCAAAAAAAAGAAGGGAAAGAAUAAGAAACAGCCUGCGAUGCCGACUGGAAAGUCCACAUUUGAAGAGUGCGAUCGGUCCAAGGGAGAAUUGCCAACCAACACCGAGAACUUUACCUUCAAGGAACGCGAUUUCUAUCGCAGAAAGCUGACGCUCGGCGUUUCCAUGGCCAGUCGGAAAGCGAGCCUAAAAACUGCCAUCGCAGAUCUGACCAGAAAUGGCGUGAAGGCGCCAGCACAUCCGGCUCCAGUGCAGCAGAAAGCAAGGGUGCAGAAGGUCAAGCCGAAAAAGGAGUUGACGGAUGCCAUGAGGAACAACCCAUUCCAGAAGCAGAGCAUUGAAUAUUAGUCGUGGCGUGUGUGGGUUGGGGGACAAAAUCAGAAAUGUAUACACAACAUUACUACACGCUUUAUGUAAAUCUUAGACAUAGUGGUACAAAUACAUGUGGAAUAGGUCUGCAAAAAUAAUAAAUAAACUAAACAAAAUGA